UCAAAGCGAAUCCAAUACCAAACCCCUAGCUAGACGUGCUCUGUUCUGUUCUAUUCUUGACGUUUCACAUUCCGAUUGCGUUCAUUAAAGCCGGUCUGUGGAUAUACUUCUAUAUUUUAGACCGCGAGAGAGAUAGAGAGAGAGGAAAUGGGGAUUCUGAAGAAAAUGGGAGUUUUGGAAGAUCUGAUAGAGAAAGCAGGAGGUUGUGCCGUCGUAGACGGAGGCUUGUCGACGCAGCUUGAGAAACACGGUGCCCAAUUCAAUGAUGCCCUUUGGAGUGCUGUGUGCCUGAUCCAAGACCCUGAUCUCAUCAAACGGGUUCAUUUGGAAUAUUUGGAGGCUGGAGCAGACAUAUUGAUAACUUCAUCUUAUCAGGCUUCCCUCCCAGGAUUUCAGUCCAAAGGACUGUCCAUUGAAGAAGGGGAAUUGUUACUGAAAAAGAGUGUCGAACUGGCUGUUCAGGCACGCGAUAAGUUUUGGGAUGCCAAGAAAAUAAUAUCUGGACAUAGCUAUAACAGGGCAUUGGUUGCAGCCUCCAUAGGGAGCUAUGGAGCUUAUCUUGCCGAUGGUUCUGAGUACAGUGGAUGUUAUGGACCAAUUGUGGAUUUGGAUAAGCUGAAGGAUUUUCAUCGCCGAAGAUUGCAAGUUCUUGUGGAAGCAGGUCCAGAUUUGCUUGCCUUUGAGACCAUUCCAAAUAAACUAGAAGCUCAGGCCCUUGUUGAGUUGCUUGAAGAAGAAAACAUCCAAAUCCCCUCUUGGAUCUGUUUCAGCUCUGUAGAUGGUGAGAAUGCACCCUCAGGAGAGAGCUUCAAGGAGUGCCUCGAUAUCAUCAAUAGCAGUAACAAAAUUUCAGCUGUUGGUAUAAAUUGUGCUCCUCCCCAUUUUGUACAUGGUCUUGUUCAGAAAUUUAAGGAGGUAACGAUUUUUGUAUAUCCGAAUAGUGGUGAAGUGUGGGAUGGCAGAGCUAAGAGAUGGCUGCCAUCAAAGUGUUUUGAUGAUGAAAAGUUCAAGUUGUUUGCAACAAGAUGGCGCGACGCAGGUGCUAAACUCAUUGGAGGCUGUUGCCGAACUACACCUUCCACCAUUCGAGUCAUCUCAAAGGUGUUGAAGGAAAAUUCAGGGCCAUGAGUUCACGAUCGAUGGUAACUUGCCCUAGUUUGCGAAAGUUCAAAUUGUAUUGUUAGGCUUCUGUCUAUUUUCUCAGUUCAUUUUUCCUUCAUUCUUUAUCUGCCUAUUUAGAGUCAGAACUGAAAUUAUGUUACCAGUCUUCUUUUUUUGCUAUUUAUAAAAGAUAAGUUAUUUUUCAGCUACA